AUGUCUGGCACCAGCGCUAGCAAGCAAGAACCAGCCAUUUCCCCCACGCGAGGCAACAAGCCCUCAUGGAAAGUUUCAAUGAACCGGGAUGGAGGAAACGCUGCAGUGAUGGACGCGUUGUAUGAGAUGGCGGAUCUGUAUGUGCAGCCGGGAAGCCAAAAUUGCGAGUACCCAGAUCUGGGAAUCUCGCCAGCUGAAGGAAUCGGGAAGAUCAUCAUCGAUGAUGGUCUAUCAGGCCAUGACAUGCUGGAUCUGAUUUGGACUUUGCACCCGGACGUGCUCUCCGCUCUUAUCGACAACACGUUUGCCUGGAGAUACUUUCACGAACCCCAAUUCCUAUCAAAGCUAUAUGGAGUUGACGACUGCUGCGGCACAUACAUCGUCACCUAUAUUGUCGAGAAUGAUCAAGGAGAUUUGAUUAGCAGGGAAGACUGGCGAAAGUUUGAGAAACAUGCCCGUGGCUCCUGUGGCUAG